ACAUUAAACAAAGUUGAAGACGCCGCCUUUGUGAAUCAGACGCUGCUGUAGCGAAAGUUAAAUCUGUAAAUUUUGGAUAAAAUUGUGGUAAAAAUACCGGUAAAUCAGUAAAAAAUGGUUGAAGCAAACGGAAUUGAGCUGACCGAGCAGGAAGCCGAGUUGUACGAUCGUCAGAUCCGUUUGUGGGGACUGGAUUCUCAGAAAAGGUUACGAGCCGCUCGCAUCCUGAUCGCCGGUGUCAACGGACUGGGUGCGGAAAUAGCUAAGAAUGUGAUUCUGUCUGGUGUGAAAGCCGUUACACUGCUGGAUAACCAAGUUGUACACGAGACGGAUUUCUGCUCGCAGUUUUUGGCUCCUCAGGAUUCGCUGGGAACGAAUCGAGCGGAAGCUUCCUUGUCCCGGGCUCAGCAGCUGAAUCCAAUGGUUGAGCUGAAGGCAGAUACGGAAGAACUUUCGAAGAAGACGGACGAGUUCUUCAAGGGUUUCGAUGUGGUUUGCAUCAUCGGUGCCAAUACGGAGCAGCUGCUACGUAUUGACUCAGUAUGUCGGGAAGCCGGAAUCAAGUUCUUUGCGGCUGAUCUGUGGGGUAUGUUCGGGUUCAGCUUUGCCGACUUGCAGGAGCAUAAUUUUGCCGAGGAUGUCGUCAAGCACAAGAUUGUCUCUAAGCCGCACGAGAAAACCAAGACUGAAUUGGUCACUUCCACGGUUAAGCGCACUUUGACAUAUCCAGCCUACCAGGUUUUGCUGGACUUCGACUACAAGGCUCCAUCGUAUGCGAAGAAGCUAAAGCGUUCCGGACCGGCGCUGCCAAUGCUGCGUGUAUUGCAAAAGUUCCGCGACGACGAGAAACGUGAUCCUCUCUACUCGGAACGGGAAGCCGAUUUGCAGAAGCUGUUAAAGAUGCGGGACGAAGUUGCCCCCGAUUUGGUUCCGGACAGUGCCUUCGUGCACGUUUUCGCUCAAAUCUCACCGGCUGCAGCCAUCGUGGGAGGUGCCGUGGCACAUGAGAUCAUCAAAACCGUUUCGCAGAAGGAAGCCCCCCAUCACAAUGUGUUUCUGUUUGAUCCGGAAAGCUGCUGCGGCUUUAUCGAAUCGGUUGGAGUGGAUGCCUAAAAGGCACGCGCUGUUCAAACACCGAGUAACCGGCCGGCAAAGUAGUAUUUAAGCCACUUACUGUAAUAAUUAUCUGAAACGCUAUUCAAUACAUAUACUAAUCUUA